AUGAAUCCUACCAUUUUCUUCAGUUGCCUCUUGGUUCUUACAGGAUGUCUUCUUGAAGGAGGAAAUGCCGAAGGCGAUGAUGAUUUUACUUCUGAAAAACAACGCCUACUUCAUGUUUAUGGCGAUCCUUCGGUUGAUGAAGCCACUAGAUAUAGAAAUGUCGACGAUCUAGCCAAGUUCUAUGAGAAAUACUCCGCUGACCUCUCAUUGUCACAAGAUUUCCAUGCACGUGCCCAGGAUACCUUUAGAAGGUAUAAGGAAAGAAAGGCUCAGGCUGUUCAAGUGGAUGGUGUUCCAGCUCAAGGAGGUUUCUUUGUGCCUCUGCCGGACCUUGUCAUUGUGCAGCUGGGCGUGGAACUUGCAGCUGAGAUAAUCAAGCUUACUAAAGCGUCUUAA